UGGGACUAUGACCUCCAGAUGACCCUGAUACUCACCUUGUAUUGCGUGGCGACGCACAAGUAAUAAGAGGCGAAGAGACGCACAAGUGGUAGGAGCAGGCGGCGCAAGCCCGGCACCAGGUAUUGGGCUUCAAGGUGCUGGAAGCAGCACAGCAGCUUCCACACAGGUCGAGGACUUCCCGCCUUACACGGUGAAAUGCUAGCCCAGACCCAGACACCCAGCCAGAAAUCCACACCUUCGUUUCACAAUCUACCGCUGUGCUGGGAUUCACCUGCGUCAGAAUAAACCAGGUAAAUCCAGGAAAAGUUGGAUAUGGGGCCUGGCUUUCAAAUAUGGAAUUCUAAACGAGGACAAUAUGCCUCUUCUCAGAAUCAGCAUUUUGGAAUGAAUAGGAACCUAGGAAGCCAUAGGUUAAAAAUGAAGAGAAAAUCAUGAAGAUAAUUGUGCUAUGACCUUCAAGUAGGGAUAUUUAAAUCAGUUGAACUCUACUGUUUCUUGAUCAAAAUCCACUUGCAUUUGGGAAUAGAAAAAAAGACAGUUCCUGGGAAUCCUUGAACAAAAUCUCUGCUUGCAAAUUUUCAGCAACACUAAAAGCCCAUUUUGCAGCAAUUCUUUAUGACACUUUUCAUGAGAGACUGUAAAAUACAAUUUCCCCAAAUGAUUAACAAAUCAAUUAUGCUUCUGGGCCUGGUGGUUCUUCAUAGCACAUUUAUAAAUGGAAAAACAACAUGUAAAUGGCAAUUUGUGGAAGAAUGGCAUACACAACCAUUAUCAUAUAUGGUGAAUUGGACACUAACAGAAAACAUCUGCAUGGACUUCUAUGGAGAUUGCUGGUUUGGGGAUGUAAAUACUAAAAUGAACACUUCAGGCAAUCAAGUUGUUCCCCAGAUUUGCCCUUUGCAAAUUCAAUUGGGAGACAUCCUUAUAAUUUCUUCUGAACCAUCUCUUGAAUCUCCAGAAAUAAAUUUGAUGAAUGUUUCUGAAGCAUCAUUCAUUGACUGUCUGCAAAACACCACAACUGAAGAUCAGUUACUUUUUGGUUGCAAACUAAAAGGAAUGCACACUGUUAAUUCUCAGUGGCUGAGUGCUGGAACACAUUAUUUUAUCACAGUAACAGCAAGUGGUCCAUCGUUUUGUCACCUGGGGCUACGGCUAAAUGUGACAGUGAAAGAACAGUUCUGCCAGGAAUCUCUGAGUUCAGAAUUUUGUUCUGGGCAUGGUAAAUGUCUUACUGAGGUUUGGAGCAAGACAUACAGCUGCCAUUGUCAGCCUCCAUUUUCUGGAAAAUAUUGCGAAGAACUUGAUCCAUGUUCUUAUAAACCAUGUGAAAAUAAUGGCAGUUGCAUUAAUAAAAGAGGAAAAUUGAAUAAACAAGGUUAUGAAUGUAUCUGUUACCCACCAUUUACAGGCAUACAUUGUUCAGAAAUUAUUGGCCAAUGUCGACCACGUAUCUGUUUCCAUGGGAAUUGUGGCAAUAUUACUGCAAGUAGUUUCAUCUGUGAAUGUGAUGAACCAUUUUCAGGUCCAUACUGUGAGAAGUCAAUGAAAUGUUAUAUUUCUCAGUCUUGUUGGAAAGGAGAAAUUUGCCAAAACAAAAGCUCUGCUUACAUUUGUGAAUACCCAGAAGGAUUUUUCAAUCAAAACCAUGAAACUGAUGUUCGUGAGUGUCCAUCAAUACCAUGUCAGAAUGGUACUAACUGUGUUCAUAUUGCAAAUGACACCAUGUACAUCUGUUCACCAAUAUUUACAGGCAAGCUUUGUAAGAGACAACUUCAAACACCACAGGAGUCAUUUCCUUGCAAGGAUAAUACCACAUGUACAAAAUUUGAGAAAGAUUAUCAUUGCAGUUGUUUGCUAGGAUUUACUGGAAAAAACUGUGAGAAAGUAAUUGACCACUGUAGACUGCUCAGCAUCAACUGUCUGAAUGAAGGAUGGCAUUUCAAUAUAAGUGGAAGAUUCAGAUAUGUAUGUACUUCAGAGUGCACAAGAUACUCAUGUUGGUUUGUGAAGAAUGUUUGCUUAAUUCAUCUAUACCCCUGCUACUGUGGAACUAUCAGCCAUGAUAUUUGCCAAGACAAAGUCCUUCAUCCUCCUCAGUCUAAAUAUGUGUGGCAACUGGGAUUUAAAGGAUCUGAAGAUGAAAAAUGUGAAGUGGCUGUUGAUGUCUACUUCUUUCUCUCUGCGAACUGGACUGAAGAUGCUGUCUAUGUGAACACAUCUGAAGAUCUCUAUUAUGUAUUUUGGUUUCUAUGUCAAGGAAGAAUGGAGAUGCAUGCAAAUGAAUGCAAUUGUUUGACUGAAGAAGGCAAUAAGGGAUAUUGGUGUCUAUGUAUUCCAAGAUGGCCUGGAAAAACGUCUCUGGAAAAUACAACUGAUUAUCAAGAAAGUGGGUGUCAACAUGAAGCUAUUUAUAAAGAUGAAAUUAAUAGAUCCAGAUGCAGCUGUUCUCUUGGUUACAUGGACCCAUUAUGUAUCCUCAAUGCUGAGGAUUGCUUAGGAAACCAGAGUGCAUCAGUGCAUGGCCUCUGCUUGGUCCAUUUGCACAAGUGCAACGGUGGUCUGCAAAGACAUGGAAGAAAUGUCUGUGAAAUAGAAACCAAAGAUUGUAAAUCUGUGCCCUGCAAAAAUGGAGCAGCCAGUAUACAUUUAAGUGGCUAUUUCUUCUGCAAUUGUGUCCCAGGAUCUACAGCUCCAGGAAACCCAGGUGCACUAGGCUUCAUUCAUAUACAAGGUUCUUCUUGUGAUUUGGAGCCUUGUGAGGCUAGUAAUCCUUGUGAGAGUGGAGCAGUGUGUGGAGAGACAAUGGAUCUGGAAAUGUCUCCUCUUGGGUACCAGUGUCCAUGUGGGAAAGGCUUUGCAGGUCCACACUGUGAGAUCAAUGUCAAUGAGUGCAGUUCCAACCCUUGCCUGCACGGUUAUUGCUAUGACAUGGUUAAUGGCUUCUCCUGCUUAUGCAAACCGGGUUUUGCUGGCCUGAGAUGUGAACAGUACACUGAUGACUGCAUCUUGAAUGCCUGUGAGCACAAUUCUACCUGCAAAGAUCUGCAUCUCAGUUACCAGUGUGUGUGCUUAGCUGGUUGGGAAGCAAGUUUUUGUGAACAAGAAUCCAAUGACUGCAAAAUGAAUCCUUGUAAGAAUAAUUCCACCUGUACUGACCUUUACAAUAGCUAUCGCUGUGAGUGUACACCUGGAUGGACUGGACAAAACUGUAGUGAAGAAAUAAAUGAAUGUGACUCUGACCCAUGCAUGAAUGGAGCUCUUUGUCAUGAGUCUUCCAUUCCUGGGCACUUUGUAUGCCUGUGCCCACCCUUUUAUACUGGAAAAUUUUGCCAUCAACACUAUAGCCCCUGUGAUCCACUCAGUGACCCUUGCAGAAACAACUCAACGUGCUUGACUUUGGUUGAUGGAAAUCAUUAUUGUGUGUGUAGAGAAGGAUUUGAGGGUGAACAUUGUGAAAUUAAUGUGAAUGAGUGUUUCUCUCUUCCCUGCCAGAAUUAUGGUGACUGCGAAGAUGGAGUCAACAAUUUCAGAUGUAUUUGCAGACCUGGGUUUUCUGGACCUCUAUGUGAUCUUGAUACAAAUGAGUGUUCUUCUAGACCUUGCAAAAAUGAUGGAACCUGCGUGGAUCUGUCAAACAGAAUUAUGUGCAUUUGUGAGCCAGGUUACCAUGGAUCUCUCUGUGAAUUGGAUAUGAAUGAAUGUGAAAUCUCACCUUGUCUAGAUGGAGAAGAUUGUGUCAGCAGAACUGGUGGAUACAACUGCCUCUGUGCUCCUGGUUAUACAGGCAUCAAUUGUAAUGAAGUAAAUAUAGAUGAAGGUCUAUCAAAGCCCUGUCUCCAUUAUGGAGCUGGCAUUGAUGGCAUCAAUCAUUGUACCUGUGACUGCAAGAGUAGCUUUUCUGGAACACACUGUGAAGCAAAUGCAAAUGAUUGCCUCUCAAAUCCUUGUCUACAUGGAAGAUGCAUAGAUCUCAUUAUUGAAUAUCAAUGUUCAUGUGUUACAGAAUGGACUAGCUCAAGAUGUGAGAUCAAGAUUAAUAACUGUACAUCAACCCCUUCUAUAAAUGAAGACUUCUGUCAGAAAUCAGUCGAUGACUUUACUUGCAUUUGCCCGAGUGGAUACAUUCGUGCAUAUUGUGAAAUACAUAUUGAUGGAUGUGCUGAGCCUGAACUGAAUUUGGUCCUCUGUCUUAAUGGAAGUAUUUGUGUUGAUGGGCCUGGACACAUGUUUUACUGCAGGUCAGUAUUUAUUUACCCACAAUUAACUAAAUAUAUAUUUAGGAAAGCAUAUAAACAUCAUAAGAGUGAUGCACGCUGAAAUAUAAAUACUAAGUUUUUGAGUACGUUUUCAUCUUAAAAAAAUGAAAUCACAAAUUUAAAUCAACAAUUCUAAGGAAGCAUUUACUUUCAUAUUUUUCAAAAUACUAUAUAUUCAUAUAAAUUCCAUGUUGGACUUCUAAAGUUUAUUAUCUCUCAUUUUAUAAUUGUUUCAUAUCCCCUAUCCUUCCCAGAAUUGAAUUGUUUCUUUUCUUAAAUAUUACACUACAUGAAUGACACAUAGAUAGUUCAUAUUUAUAAUAGACUUAUGACAAAGAUUCAUUAGUCCUCCUGCUGUACUUACAAUUCUAAGAUCUUAACAAUUGAUAAAAAAUUUUUAUGUGCUAAGAUUUAUAAAAAUAAAUUAAUAUG